AUGAAGGUGGCCAUGGAAAAAGACUUGGGCAAGCAAGUAUUUGCCUAUUUUCUCAAUGCCUUUCCCAACUCCGCCCAAUAUAUUCUUGGCCCAUUUUUCUCCGCCUAUCCGGAGGAGGUGGCCAAAGUGUGGGUGACGCAACCAAGAAGUGGCCCAACCUAUUUUUCAGACUUCACAUGGGCAUCCGUUUGGGAGAGCGCCAAGCCAUUUAAAGGUUGGCCGACGGGAACCCCCCUCAAAUCGGAUCCCACCGCAACAAAGGAGGCCCCAUCAAAGAAAGCAUCAUCCGCCGCCGGGAAGGCCGAUCACUCAAGCUCGGCGGAUGGCAAGUUUGAUUGGUAUCAUUGGUUCAAGGCAUUGGAACCAAAAUUGAAGGGCCAUUGGAAGAAAAUUGGGAUUUAUGAUACAUUGCUCCUAUGUGCGGGGAGUCCAUUUCCUGCGACCGAUCUCUCAUCAUUGCGGCCCUAUGCUUUUGGUCUUCCUCCACCAAUUGCAUGA